UUUAGUUUUUAUUUGUUGGAUAAAUAUUUAAUUUAUAUAUUCUGUUAUGAUUUAGUAUGUCUUCUGGAAAUAUGAUGCGCUUAACGGCUAUUAAAGAGUUCUUGAGGUCAAAGUUCAUCACUGUUUCCGAUCAAUGGGUGACAAAUCAAUUAAACGCAAACACAGCCAUCAGUAAUGAGAGCGCAUAUCAGCAGUGGUUAAACACUGAUAUGAAGACAAACAGUCCAUUGAAUGCGUUGCCCAUUGACUGCAAUCAAUUAAAAGUGGAUCAAACCAACAGAAAACACAUCAAAACAACACUUAACGGCAAAUAUGCGGUUCAAAUUAACUCAAUCGAAGACAUCAGUCGUCCGCAAGUGUUGACAGAAGCGGACGCUCUGGAGGACGAAGGGUUGUCCUCAUCGGACGACGACAACGACAAUACGAAUACAAAACUAUUCAAACGAACCAAAGCUAAGCCGAAGAAAGAGGUGACCAAAAGAGGUCCGCGAAUGUUGCGAAUGGUGUUAAGCGAUGGUAUCACUGAAUGCAAGGCCAUUGAAUACAAGCCGAUUGAGUGUUUGUCUGAGAGUACAGCCAUCGGCACUAAACUACUCCUUUCCGGUCCGAUCGAUAUCUAUGCGGCCGUUAUGUUACUCACUGUCAGACACGUAACGGUUUUGGGCGGAAGUAUACCAUUACAGACCACUGAUAACCGGCAGCCGUCGCUAUUCGCACAUAAAACAUAGUCAUUGAUAUCCGUAUUAUUUAUUUUAAUAAUUUCUCCUCUCGUUAUAAUCUAAUCUGUAUUUUCCAC